AUGACUUUAUUCGAAGGUACACUUCGUAAGUGGACAAAUGUUCUGCAAGGCUGGCAAAAUCGAUUUUUUGUUCUUGAUCCUACACAAGGAAAACUUAUUUAUUAUACAUCUACACAACAUUUGGUUAAAAACGAGCAACGUGGUGUUAUCUUAUUAAAGGGAGUACAUAUAGGUAUUGAUACUGAAGAUGGUAGUACAUUUACAAUACGAACUGACGGUAACACAUUCCAUUUUCAAGCUCGUGAUACUGAAGAAAGACAAAAAUGGAUACGUAAUCUUGAAGAUGCUAUUAGUUUUAAUACUGUUAAUACUGAGAAAUUCACACUUUCGAAUACAACACUUUUUCAAAGUAAAAUCUUAGAAGCUGAUCAAUUUUUACAAUUAUUAAUUAAAGAAGUAGAUGAAUUAGAACAACUUAGUAGUCAAUUACAAGAUAACCAUCAACAACAAUGUUAUAAUCAUAUUAUCAUAUCUGCCAAAAGAUUAAUCGAAGCUGUUAAAUAUUCUAUUGUGUCACUUCAAUUAGCAAAAGUCCAGAUGAAUCCAUUAAAUGAAGUUCAAACUGAUGCAGAUUGUCAGGCUUUAUCAGCCAUUAUAAAUACUAAUAAAAUAGAUGAAAUCCCUGAUACUAAUAAUCGUAAUGAUAAUGAAACAUCAUUAAGUACUACAGAAUCUACUGUUCGUAAUGAUACGGAUGACAAAAAUACUGAAGACAACAUUCCACUUGAAUCAUUAGAUAUUCAAACAGAUGUAAAAACUGAUCAAACACAACUUCCAGUCUCAUCUAAUUCGAUUAGUGAUGAUGACGAUGAUGAUAAUGAUUUCUACGAUGCCGAUGACGUAAUGGAUGAACCAGUUUUGACAUCAUCUUUAACAGAUCGAACACGUAAAACAUCACAGACAAAUAAUUCAGAAAUUCCAUUUGAACAAUAUGAAGCAGCAUGUGAAGAAUCAUCUGAAGAAGAUCUUGCACCGAUUGAUGGAACUAUUAUUUCACAUCUGAUCUCUCAAGCUCGUAUAUCAAUGGAUUUAACUAAAAUAACACUACCAACAUUUAUUCUUGAACGACGCUCAUUUCUUGAAAUGCUUGCUGAUUUUCUUGCUCAUCCAGAUGAAUUUGUUAAAAUUGCAGAUUAUGAAACACCACGUGAACGUUUUAUUCAAGUUGUUAAGUGGUAUUUAUCUGCCUUUCAUGCUGGUCGAAAAAGUGCCGUACCUAAAAAACCUUAUAAUCCAAUUCUUGGUGAAAUCUUUCAAUGUUCAUAUGAUAUUAAUUUAACACCUUCUUCUAAUACAACGAUAGUAAAAGAUGGUCCUGUUCCUUGGGCACCAGAUAAUCAAGUUACUUUUAUUGCUGAACAGACAUCUCAUCAUCCUCCAAUUGCUUCUUUUUAUGCUGAAUGUCCAGCAAAACAUAUCCAAAUCGAUGGAUGUCUUUGGACAAGAUCAAAAUUUCUUGGUCUUUCUGUUGGUGUUCAUAUGAUUGGUGAUGCAACAAUUACAUUACUUGAUCAUGACGAACAAUAUGUUAUUACUUUUCCAAGUGCUUUUGGCCGUUCUAUUCUUGGUGUUCCUUGGUUUGAAAUGGGUGGUAAAAUAACAAUUACUUGUGAAAAAACAGGCUAUACAGCUAAUAUAGAUUUCUUACAAAAACCAUUUUUAAAUGGGAAAAAACAUCAAAUUACUGGUAUUUUAUAUGGUCCCGAUAAGAAAGAGUUUUGUAGAAUUGAUGGUGAAUGGAAUGGUAUAAUGAAUGCGAAAUAUAGUGAUACAAAAAUUUCAGAAGUUUUCUUUGAUACAAAAGCAACACCAGUUAUUAAAAAAAUUGUGCGACCAAUUAUUGAUCAAGAUACAAAUGAAAGUCGUCGUAUGUGGAAAGAUGUAACUUAUUAUUUAAAAUCUAAACAACUCGAUAAAGCAACAGGAGCAAAAUCAUUUCUUGAACAUCGACAACGUACAGAAGCUAAAGAACGUCUUGAAAAUUCACUUAAAUGGGAAACAAAACAUUUUUCUGAAUCAGGCGAAUUAAAAUGGACCUACGCAAAUAAAUUAUCUAAACGAUUAAACUCGCAAUCUUAG